AUGCUGGAGAACAACUUCCACGCCAUGCAUGAGACUCUGGCAACACUGGGCAGCUCUUUCAGUGCUAGGCUGCUCCACUCCAAGUGUGUGACGGAGGCUAUCGCAGGUCCAUCCUGCCUGCUGCUAGAAACCAAGAGUGGAACCUCCGUCACCUUCAGUUUACCAAAAGUGGACUUUGUUCAUGAGGGGUCUUACUACUGCCAGUACCAGACCAGAGUGUCCAGUCGUGUUUUCACUUCUCCACAGAGCAGCUCUGUUCAGUUCUCUGUUGCAGUGAACUUGCAGCAGCCCAAUAUCUCCUUCAGUAAUCCUGAUGGAAGGUUCUACUGGGGGUCUCAGGGGUCAGAGGCGACCAGGGGUCACAGUUUCUCCCUCAUCUGCUCCACCAAACCACAGUAUCCAGGAGGCUCCUUCCACUUGGAGCUCAGUGGAUCCAACAUCACCAAAACUCAGUCAGCUGUUAACCACUCAACCACCUUCUUCUUUGAUGAGGCAGAUUUUGUCCACCAGGGAAACUACAGCUGUGUUUAUGAAGUAAACGUGUCUUCACGCACCUUUAACUCUCCUACCACUGAACUCUUGGCUGUCACUGUGAAAGCGUCACCAGUUCCCUUCAUCGCUUCUGGAGUGACAGCAGGACUGUUACUCAUAUUAGUGCCAAUCAUCAUUUUCUUCAUAAAGAGAAGCAAAAACCAAAAAGAUCAUCAGACGGCUGUGAAGACGGAUCAUAGACUUCGUGCCAGAAACACAUAUGGGGUUACCGGAGGAAAUAAUGAGAUGGAUGAUGAAGAUUAUGAAAAUGCAGAAACUGUUUUUCACCAGAAAGAAGAUUCAGAUGAUUCUGAUGAGGACUAUGUUAACGUAGAUGUUGAUGUCAAGAAUAAGGCAGUGGCCAAUGACUAUGGAGGUGAACAAAUUUAUGCAAACACGGAUUAG